AUGCGUCAAGUGUCGACUCUCAAUCUCUCUUUCGUCCCUCGCGCAAUCUCGCUGGAGCUUUGUUGAAGCUCGCUGUUUCCUUCUACCCCUGUAACUCUCUCUCUGAGGCCCAUAUCUAUUUAUGGCAUCUCAGGCCAGCCUCCUCCUCCAAAAACAGCUUAGAGAUCUUUGUAAGCAUCCGGUUGAUGGAUUCUCGGCUGGAUUGGUCGAUGAGACUAAUAUAUUUGAAUGGAGUGUUACAAUUAUUGGGCCCCCCGAUACGCUUUAUGAGGGUGGAUUCUUCAAUGCCAUCAUGAGCUUCCCGUCCAAUUACCCAAAUAGUCCGCCAACAGUGAAGUUUACUUCAGAGACCUGGCAUCCUAAUGUUUACCCUGAUGGUCGUGUUUGCAUAUCAAUACUUCAUCCUCCUGGUGACGAUCCUAACGGAUAUGAGCUUGCAAGCGAGCGAUGGGUGCCUGUCCACACGGUUGAAAGUAUUGUUUUGAGUAUCAUAUCGAUGCUUUCCAGUCCAAAUGAUGAAUCUCCUGCAAAUGUCGAGGCUGCAAAGGAAUGGAGAGAGAGGAGAGAUGAUUUCAAUAAGAAGGUCAGCAGAUGCGUGAGGAAGUCGCAGGAAAUGUUGUGAUCAGAUGCCUCUGCUUGUUUAGGUAAAUGCCUCUGCCAGAGCGCAUUUCCUUAAUUAAUUGUCUGAGGGAACUGGUUCACCGGAUAAUAUGCUGGAUCUUUAGAAUGCUGUUGGGAAUCCUCAUACCCAUCUCUUUUGCCUCUAUCCCAACAUUUCUGCACUAUCCAGUAAUUGUAAACUUGCGACAACUCUGUACGCAAAAAGGCUUUUGGGUUAUUGUCUAAUGACACGUACUUAGUUUGUUAAGUCCUUAUCUCCUGGUGUCAUCUGUUUAGGCAUUCCAUUAUUUGUUUUUGCUUCUGUUUUUCUUUGUUUUUUAAAUGAGACUGUUCUUCUUCUGUUCAAAUCAACACUCGAAAGCUGCUGUUUGUUUUUGUUGUGAUGUAAUGCAAGUGGUGGUUCAAUAAACGCAAAUACUUCCUCUCUCUA